AUGGUAACCCUGUGUGAAAAUUUCAAUAGUUAUCAAAUGAGCAUUGUAAAUACAGAAGCAGUCUUGGUUAUUUUCCAUUUCGAUAAGGAAUUAUGUAAAACAUUCAACAAUAGUGUAGUUCGUCAGAAAAGUGUAAUGAAAAGCUAUGGAAACGGUCAGUCAGUUGGAUUUGCUGAUGAAAUUGUUUGUUUAAACGGUGACUGGAAACGCAAUACAACGAUUGGCCUUCUGCAUUUUGAUUCCGCUGUGGCGGCUCAGAGGUGGCUUAUCAGCGAUCCAAUAGUUCGUCAGCACGACUGGUUGGAUGAUGCGGAAAUAUGGAUUGUACCUUUAUGUACGGAAAUAAGACCAUGGAAUUACUUGCAGUUCAGUUUAUUUAGCUCAAUUAAUGAAGACAACUUUAAAAACCAAUAUUUACCUAAAUUUGAAGAAUCAGUUUCAAAAUUUGGAGGAGUACCAUUUAUUAGUUCAACUUCCUAUAUUGAAGUACCUCGAGGACUAAAAGAAAUCGACUAUUUAAUUAUUACUGGAUGGCCCGAUGACGAUAGCUCUCUUAAGUGGAACCAAAGUCAUGAAGCAGAAGAACUAAGAAAUAUGCAGGAAUCUUUUUCAAAGUCUUCGACAAUAUUGGCGAUGAUACGACAUAAUUACUAG